AUGUUGGUUAACGCUCUUGCUGCUCUGGGCUUCGUCGCCACGGCCACUGCCGCAGCUCUUCCAUCGUCUUGCAACAGCUACACCUCGUCUGCUCUUCUAGCGCUCGUCAAUGCUCGUGGCACCGGCGAACGCCAGGGUGAAUCCGUCGGCUUCAGGACCAUGAACGCAGAAACACUUGCCAAGAUGAAGGGCGGCAAGAUUUACAACGUUGUCUAUCCGGCCGGCCUCGAUCAAAACUCUGCAAGCGGUACCGAGGAUCUCCUCAAGCACGUCCGAGAUACGCUUACAUCGAAUCCAUCUGAGUGCUUCAUCCUCGAAGGCUACUCCCAAGGCGCCUCACUCGUCGUCGAUGCCCUGCCCAAGCUUGCUGGUGCGGAGGCUGCCGCCGUCAAGGGAGUUUUUCUCAUUGGCGACCCCCGCCGCAAGGCCAAUCAAGAUUGCAACAUUGAUAGCAAAGGCGGUACCAGUAACAAAGAUUCCAACGGUUUCCUCGUGAGCCGUGGUACCAUCCCAGACAACUGGGUUCCCAAGACCCUCGACGUCUGCGCUCAGGGCGAUGGAGUAUGCGACGACCGCAUCCCAGGUGUCAUCACUCCGCCUCACACUUCAUAUCCCAGCGACGCGACGGUGCAAUCUAUCGGUGAGAAGUUCAUCACCAAAAGCCUUGCGUAG